UAAAAGCCUCCAACAACAAAGUGAUCGAAGUUCCUCUUUUGACCCUUUCACUCUUCCUUCCACGAUCCUUCUCAUCAAACCCCAAAUCAUCAAAAGUUAGAUAAAAGGUUCUGAAAUCUCUGCUACUGAGUGCGUAAUCACUAGGAUCUGGGGUAAUUUUGUUGAUGGGUGCUUGUUGGAGUACUCGGAUUAAGGCUGUGAGUCCUUCCAACACAGGGUUCACUUCUAGAAGUGUCAGCAGGAGCGGCUAUGACACCAGUUCAAAUAGCAGGAACUCAUCAGCUUCCAUAUCUGUCACUUCUCGGAGUGAGGGUGAGAUCUUGCAAUCUUCCAACUUGAAAAGCUUCAGCUAUAAUGAGCUAAAGGCAGCCACAAGAAAUUUUCGCCCGGAUAGUGUCUUGGGGGAGGGUGGGUUUGGUUCAGUUUUCAAGGGCUGGAUUGAUGAGCAUUCACUUGCUGCCACCAAACCAGGAAUAGGCAUGAUUGUUGCUGUGAAGAGACUUAACCUAGAUGGAUUCCAGGGUCACAGAGAAUGGUUGGCUGAAAUCAACUAUCUUGGGCAACUACAGCAUCCGAACCUUGUCAAGUUAAUAGGAUACUGUUUUGAGGAUGAGCAUCGGCUUCUGGUUUAUGAAUUCAUGCCUAAGGGUAGCAUGGAAAAUCAUCUGUUCAGACGAGGUUCUUACUUUCAGCCAUUCUCUUGGAAUUUGAGGAUGAAAAUAGCCCUUGGGGCUGCAAAGGGCCUUGCUUUUCUCCAUAGUACAGAACCUAAAGUCAUAUACCGUGACUUUAAAACUUCAAAUAUCCUGCUUGAUACUAGCUACAAUGCCAAACUUUCUGAUUUUGGGUUGGCCAGAGAUGGUCCAAUUGGUGAUAAAAGCCAUGUCUCUACUAGGGUCAUGGGAACCCGUGGAUAUGCAGCUCCAGAGUAUCUAGCAACAGGUCAUCUCACUGCCAAGAGCGAUGUAUAUAGUUUUGGGGUAGUUCUUUUGGAAAUGAUAUCAGGAAGACGGGCGAUAGACAAGAACCAGCCAACUGGAGAGCACAACCUUGUUGAAUGGGCCAAGCCUUACCUAUCUAAUAAACGCAGAGUUUUCCGUGUCAUGGAUCCACGUCUUGAAGGUCAAUAUUCACAUAGUCGAGCUCAAGCAGCAGCUGCGCUGGCUGUGCAAUGUCUUGCUAUAGAGCCUAAGUGCAGGCCAAAUAUGGAUGAGGUGGUAAGAGCAUUGGAGCAGCUUCAGGAAUCAAAGGACAUGCAGAAAAAAGGUGGUGAUCAUAAACAGCAUCAUGCACACAAUAAUGGCCUCGGCCGUUCCAGUGGCCACCCUGCUGCACCCAGCAAUGGUAGUGCCGAUGUUCCUAGAAAGGCUUCUGCUUAUCCCAGGCCUUCUGCUUCUCUCCUUCACCCUUGAGAGAAUUUUGUGAAGCAGCAAGCGGGAAGCUGAACACAAGAGGUUCUGAGGUUUAGGUGUGGCAUGAACCAUAAUUAUGCAAGCAAUGUAUAGUUUCUGUUAUUUCUAUGUUGUAUGAGCUACAUUAUAAAUUCUUUUCUUCUUGUGGUCCUGGAUUGUUAGACAUGCAAGUCUAAUAUGAAUCCUUAAGAUGAUUUUGUAUCUUGUAUACAACUGCAACAAUACCUAUGUGGAUGAUGCACUACUUUUUGCUCUUGCUUUUAAUAUGUAAAAA